AGGCAAUUUCUGCGUGGCGUCUCCUCUAGGGGGCGAUACGCAUUUUGCGUCCCUUUUGCGCCGAAGCGGAAGUGAGGUGUAUCCGGCAAGAUGGCGGACAACGUAGCGUCAGAUGAAAGCGACAAGAAAGCCAAUAUCGAGCGCUCAAAGAGCGAAGGCAAAGAGCUGGGCAAAGAGGAGAAGCAGCGGCUGAGGAAAGAGAAGAAGCAGCAGAAGAAAAACAAAGAAAGAAAAGAUGAGGCCGCCAAGCCCGACGACGCUUCUGCCGUGCCGCCGCCGCCUUCGCAGAGAGCUCCUUCCUCAGUGCCCGGCGCCGACGCGCCACCGGACAAGCCGGCCAAGAGCAAGGUGGAGCUGAAAGCGGAGAAGAGACCUCGCCGCGACUCCGACAGGACCUCCAAACAGAGCAAAAAGCGCGACGCCGGUCAGCAGCAGGCGUCCGCCGCCAAACCCAAAGUGCCGCCCGGCGAGCUGCAGCCUGUGGUGAAGAGGCUUCCCGAACACGUCCAAGUGGACGACCCUGAUGUGGUCAAGAAGCUGGCUAAGAAGCUGGAAAGACAACAGACACCACAGCACGAUCCUCCCGAAAAGAUCCCGCUUCGGUCAGACUACGGCUACAAGGUCAGCCUUUUCUCACACCUGCACCAGUACAGUCGCAAAGCGCCGCUGACGCAGCAAGUCGGCAUCCCGUCGUCGGUCAUCCAUCCGGCUAUCGUUCGACUGGGCCUCAAGUAUUCGCAGGGCAUCGUGGCGGGAUCCAACGCGCGCUCCGUGGCACUGCUGCACGCCUUCAAACAGGUCAUAAGGGACUACGCCACGCCACCAAAUGAAGAGCUAGCGAGAGACUUAGUCAACAAAUUGAAACCUUACAUCAGUUUCUUGAACCAAUGUCGCCCCCUCUCGGCCAGCAUGGGCAAUGCAAUCAAAUACCUCAAGAAGGAGAUCUCCAACAUUCCGAGCCACAGCAAGGAAGACGAGGCGAAGAGCAAACUGCUGAGCUGCAUCGACUGCUACAUUAACGAAAAGAUCGUCUUGGCGGCCAAAGCCGUCGCCGGAAUCGCCAUCGAAAAGAUCAGCGACGGCGACGUCAUUCUCGUCUACGGAUGCUCGUCGCUGGUCAACCACAUCCUUUACGCGGCCUUCGACGCGGGCCGCAAGUUCCGCGUGAUCGUGGCGGACAGCCGGCCGAGGCUGGAGGGCCGCGAGACCCUGCGGCGGCUGGUCCGGCGGGGCAUCGGCUGCACCUACGUCCUCAUCUCCGUGGUCUCCUACAUUCUACCCGAGGUGUCAAAAGUGUUGUUGGGCGCCCAUGCGCUGCUCGCCAACGGUUACAUGAUGUCCCGCGUGGGCACGUCCCAAAUCGCCCUGGUGGCCAAAGCCUUCAACGUGCCCGUGCUGGUGUGCUGCGAGACGUACAAGUUCUGCGAGAGGGUGCAGACGGACUCUUUUGUGUCAAACGAGCUCGACGAUCCCGACAACCUGAUGGUGACGCGGAAGGGCAAGACGCAGCUGGCGCGCUGGCAGGAGGUGCCCUCGCUGGGCCUGCUCAACCUGGUGUACGACGUGACGCCGCCCGACUUCGUGGACGCCGUCAUCACCGAGCUGGGCAUGAUCCCGUGCACGUCGGUGCCCGUCGUGCUGCGCGUUAAAAGCGGCGACCAGUGAACCGGAUCGCGCUUUGAGCGUGCAAUAAAUAAAUGCAUAUAACAAAUAUAUGAAGAAUACCACUUUUAAA